AUGGGCAACACUACCAGUACGGUGUUGGACAACAUCGUCCAGGGGUCCAACUUCGACAGAGAGGAAGUUGACCGUCUGAGGAAACGUUUCAUGAAGCUGGACAAGGACAACUCUGGCACAAUCGAGCGCGAUGAGUUCCUCAGCCUGCCCCAGAUUUCCUCCAACCCGCUAGCCACGAGGAUGAUUGCGAUCUUUGACGAGGAUGGUGGUGGAGAUGUCGACUUCCAGGAAUUCGUAUCAGGCCUCAGCGCCUUUUCCAGCAAAGGCAACAAGGAGCAAAAGCUGCGCUUCGCCUUCAAGGUGUACGAUAUCGAUCGCGACGGCUACAUCAGCAAUGGCGAGCUCUUCAUUGUGCUCAAGAUGAUGGUUGGAAGCAACCUUAAGGACCAGCAGCUGCAGCAGAUCGUCGACAAGACCAUCAUGGAGGCCGACUUAGAUAAGGAUGGCAAGAUCAGUUUCGAGGAGUUCACCAAGAUGGUGGAGAACACGGACGUCAGCAUGAGCAUGACUUUGGACACGUUUUAG